GUAAUUUUUGAUAUCGAUUUUUGUGGCAACAACAUAGUAAUCGUUCUAAUCGUUUCCAUCUAUGCUAGCGUAACCUGAAUUGGGGAGAGAAACAAUUGUCAAAUGCUUAAAGAUUCAAUAGAAUCUAAAUAAUUUAACAAAUCGAAUUGUUUAUUUAUCAUAUUAUAAAAAGUAUUGCACUUUCGGAGGUGUAGUUUCUAUUUGGAGUUGUCACAGUAUUGUUUGAAGAUCCUAUUAUGGAAGAUUGUAGCGAUUUAGAUCGACAGAUAGAACAAUUGCGGCGUUGUGAAAUUAUAAAAGAGAGUGAGGUUAAAGCUCUGUGUGCUAAAGCACGUGAAAUAUUAGUUGAAGAAAGUAAUGUGCAGAGAGUGGAUUCUCCUGUAACUGUUUGUGGUGAUAUCCAUGGCCAAUUCUAUGAUCUCAAAGAACUCUUCAAAGUUGGCGGUGAUGUUCCAGACACAAAUUACCUUUUCAUGGGGGAUUUUGUUGACCGUGGUUUUUACAGCGUUGAGACAUUUCUUCUCCUUUUGGCAUUAAAAGUUAGAUAUCCUGAUCGCAUUACAUUAAUCCGUGGUAACCAUGAAAGUCGUCAAAUUACACAAGUCUAUGGAUUCUAUGAUGAAUGUUUGAGAAAAUAUGGUUCUGUAACUGUUUGGAGAUACUGCACAGAAAUUUUUGAUUAUUUAAGCUUAUCAGCAGUUAUUGAUGGAAGAAUCUUUUGUGUCCAUGGUGGUCUUUCUCCAUCGAUUCAGACGUUGGACCAAAUUCGAACAAUUGACAGGAAACAAGAAGUUCCUCAUGAUGGGCCAAUGUGUGAUUUGUUAUGGUCAGAUCCUGAAGAUACACAAGGAUGGGGUGUAAGUCCAAGAGGGGCUGGAUACUUGUUUGGAAGUGAUGUUGUAGCCCAAUUCAACACUGCUAAUGACAUUGAUAUGAUUUGCCGAGCCCAUCAGCUAGUCAUGGAAGGUUAUAAAUGGCACUUCAAUGAAACAGUAUUGACUGUUUGGUCUGCUCCCAAUUAUUGCUACAGGUGUGGCAAUGUUGCUGCUAUUUUGGAAUUGGAUGAGCAUCUACAGCGAGAAUUUACUAUCUUUGAAGCUGCCCCUCAGGAAACAAGAGGAAUUCCAACCAAGAAACCUCAGCCAGAUUACUUUUUAUAAAAAUGGUAUUGGUUUCCAUUGCAAGAGUCCACCGUUAGCUGCUGGAUAUUCUAGUUGCUUGUACUACCAUCCCCAAUUGUACAAGUUCAUUUGUUGAGUAGAGAGUAUAGUUCUGAACUGUGCCACUUGAAGUACUAAAAUUAUUUAAAAAAACAGUUUAAGAUGUACAGUUGCCAUGCAUGUUUUCUUGGAAAUAUAUUUUAUCUUGAGUAUUAAAAGUGUAAUUUUUUAAUGAAAUGUCUUGUAAAUAUGUCUCUUGUUAGAAUUUCAUUUCAUUCUUACUCUUGUACAAUCUUUUACAUGUCAAUGGAAUUUAAAAUAAAUCUCAACAUUGUCUAA